AAAAAAGAAAAGAAAAAAAAUAAUAAACACAUGUAUUUAUUAAUUAUCAUGAAAUAAUUAUCACAAAUAAUCAUUGUUGGUGUUGAUUUAUUGAAUAAAUUUUGGUGAAAAAUUAAGUUUAUCAAUGGAAGAUUUUGCUGGAGGAGAAUCUGAAAAUGAAGAUUUAUUCUCAGAUGAUGAUGGCUCAGGAAAAGAUGAUAAAUUGAGUCCUAAUGUCAUCGAGUUAAAUACACAAACUGCUUAUUUACUGGCUAGUCCAGUGUUUCCUUUUCAUGAUGAGGAUAAUAUUGAAACUCCUGGAAAACCAGUUAUUCCAAAAACUCCAUUGAGUCUUGUUCCAUUUAUGACAAAAGAAAAAAGUCAGACUGGCUGGACCAGUGAUCUUGAAACUCCAGUGACUGAUAGAAAUAACAAAAAAGAUUCUGACAAUAUAGAUAAAGCUAAUGAUGAUGAUUAUCAUCAAUGUACACCUAAAAAUGCACCAGUUUCAAUUGCACAAGAUGAAGUGGUUCCAGGAUCACCAGUUGUAUCAUCAAAAAAAUCAAAAAGACGCACAAAAAGACGAAUAUUUAAUAAAGAUAUUAUGAAAAAUUCAACUAAUGAUGAUACAAUUGCACCUGAUAAUAAUUCUAACAAAGAAAAUUCAUCUAAAAAAAUAAAUAUUAAUUUACAAGUUGAAAAUGUUAAUAACGACAAUAAUAUAGUACCUGAAAUUGAUAAUUUAAUUAAAAAAUAUGAAGAUUUACGUAAUUCAAGUACAUGUUUUAAUUCAAAUAAUAAAAGUUCUAUUGAUCAUUCAAAUGAUAUAUGUAAUGAUAUAUUUGUUAAUAAUUUAAAAGCUCUUGAUACAGCUGAUAAAAUACAUUGUAAAACUAAUAAAAAAAAUUUAAUAGUUUUAAAAAAAUCAAAUGAACCACAAGAAUACGUAUCAUUUACAAAAAUAUGUCAAGAUGUUAAUAAAGAAGCAUCAUUUUUAAAUGACGAAGAAUAUCAUGAUGAUAUUUCAAAUGUAACAUUUUCAACUUGGGAUACAUAUCAAAGUCUAGAAAAAAUUAAUAAAUCUAUUGAUGAUGAUUUUCUUGGAUUCACUAAAGAAGAUCAAUCUAAAAGUCAAAAUUUAUUAUUAAAAUUUGAACGUUUAUUUCAAUUUGAUAAACAAGAUAAUUUUGAUGAUACAAUUUUAUUACAAAAAAAUGAUUUUAAUGAUGUUUUAAGCUGUGAAAAAAUUUCUAGUGAUGAUGAACCAGUUAAAGAAUCACAAGAAAAUUGUUUUAAUGAAUUAAUGGAAUGUGAAAAAGUUGAUACCAGUGAUGAACCAGUUGUAACAGAAGAAAAUAAAUUAAAUAAGUUAAUGAAAUGUGAAAAAGUUGAUGGUAAUGAUGAACCAGUUGUAACACAAGAAAAUGAUGAAUUAAAUGAAUUAAUGGAAUGUGAAAAAAUUGAUACCAGUGAUGAACCAGUUGUAACACAAAAAAAUGAUUUUAAUGGAUUUUUAAAAUGUGAAAAAGAAGCUAGCAGUGAUAUUGCUGAAAAAAUAAGAUUACAUUAUGAAUCUUAUGUUGACAAAAUAUCUGAAAAAUCAAAUAUCAAAAAUAGAAUUUAUUUAGAGCCACAACCAAUUGAUGAGCCAAUUUUACUUCCACCAAUUGCUAUUCGUAUUAAAUCUGAAUUUAUAAAUGCACAUACAAAAAAAGAAUUAUUAGUUGAUUUAAAUAGAGUUAAUGAUGCCUGGUCAUUGAUGACAUAUGAAUAUAAUAUUGAUAAACUUAUUUAUAAAAAUUCACAACCAAAUUUAUCAUUAAAUAUAACUGAUAAUUUUAAAUCACCAUCAAUUAAUUAUAGUAAUAAAGAUGAUGAAGAUAUUAAAAUGAAUAGUGAAUUUAAAACUGCUGCUGGAAAAGAAUUAAUAAUUUAUAAGACAACAUUGACAAGAGCUGAUUCAUUGCUUAGUAAAAAUGUUGGAAUAAAUAAGGCUGAAGAUAAUUUAAAUCAAGCUGGUAUUGCAGCAGUAUUUGCUCAUCAAGAAAAUUUUAAUAAAUCUAAAAUUGAUAAAAUAUCAAAUGAACCAGUUAACAAAGUACCUGAUGUUGUAGCCUUGAUGGCUCAACCAAUACAACUAUCUACAUUUGAAACAUCUUCUUUAAAUAAUAAUGAUAAAAAAAAAACAGUUGCAAUGAUUGAUACUCCUGCAAAAGCUCAUGAGCCAUUCAACAAUAAAUUUGAUGUAAAUAUUUCUUCAGAUAAAUUUCAAACACCAAGUGGAUCAUCAAAUGGCUUUUCAACAUUUAGUGUAUCAAAUUCUCCAGCAGCAACAUUCACCUGGGGUCAUGGUAAAAGUGUAAAUAUAUCUGAAAAAGCAUUGGCUCUUGCUGCAAAACAAUUUAAUGAUGUUUCCGAAGAAGAUUCUCUAAAAAUGCUAGAAAAAAAAACAAUUAAUAAUUCAGGUGGUUUUAAAAAUCCAUUAGUUAAUCGUACUCCUGGUGGUUUUAUAUCUCAUCGUAAAACUAAAAGUUUAGGGCUAAUGAAUGAUACACCAAAAAGUACGUCAUUUGUAAAAACAUCAACUACACCAUCAGGUUUUUCAACUUGUAGAGGCAAGACAAUAAGUGCAUCAAAAAAUUCUUUAUUAAAAGCACAAGCAAAUUUUAAUAAUGAUAAUGAUGAUAAAAUUAAUCAAACAAAAUUACCAUUAUCAAAUUUAUCAAGAGCAAGUACCAGUGGUGGUUUUGGAAGAGCAACAUCAAAAUUAAAACUACAAUUUAAUGAAGAUUUUAGUGAUAUAAAAAAUGUAAAUAUAACAACACCAACUUCAACUGGUUUUCAAACAAAUAAUUCUUGUUUUACAACAGCCAAAGGUAACUCAAUAAAUUUAUCUGAAAAUGUAUUAUUAAAAGCAAAAUCAAUAUUUAAUGAAGAUGAUUUAGAUAGUUUUGAUGAAAGUUGUUUGUUGGAUAUAAAAAAUUUAAAGAAAAAAAUUGAAAGUAGAUCUGCUGGAAUUUGUGAUUCAGCAAAAAGAAAAAUGUCACUUGAUGACAUUACUCCAUUUGGACGUAAAAGAUCACGUCUUGGUACGUCAACAGAUCUUCAAGCUCGUAAAUUAUUUGAUGAAACUGAUCAAGAUGAUUGUCAGUCAAUAUGUUUGGAUAGUAAUAAUAAAAAUAAAUCAAAUGAAUUAAAUGACACAUUGACUGAUGAAUUAUCAGCAGCAACAGCAGCAUUUGAAGAAGAUGAUAAACACUCGACAUCAAGUUUAGAUGAUCAUUAUGAUACUAAAACAGCAUGUUUAUCAUCAUCAUCAUCAACAACAACAACAACAGAUACUAAAAAUAAUGAAAAAAUACAUAAAACAUCACUAACACCAAAUUAUCAUGAUUCAAUACCAGAUGAUUUUGUUUUUGAUACACAAUAUUCUUUUGACGAGCAUACAAUUUGCAAUAAUAAAAUUGAUAAAGAAUUAUUAUCCAUGAAAAUAAAACAACAAGAAAAUAUUAUAAAACAAAAAAAAAUUACUCGUGAAAAAACAAAUCCUGGUUAUUUAUUAAAAUUAAAAUUAAAUAAUACAAAUAAUAAAAUAAAACUUGAAAAUUUAUCUGAUAAUAAUAAACAAUUACCAUUACAACGUAGUCCAAGUGAACUUGAAGAAAAUAAAAUUGAUACACAAGUAUUGACAAUUGAUUCAACAACUGCAUCUUCUUAUAAAUUUAAUUUAACUGAAUUUAAUGAUAAAAAAAAUACGAUUGGUAUUGAUUUAAAUGACGGUGUAUAUUUAUUACCAAAUGAUGAUAAUAUUGCAAGUAUAGAUGAAUUUAAAAGAUCAUUUUUAGCAAGUCCAGGUGUUGAUACAAAUUUAUUACCAAAUGGAUGGUUUGAAAAUCAUUAUAAAUGGAUUAUAUGGAAACUUGCAUCAAUGGAUAGAUUAAAUUUUAAUAACUUAACAAGAUCAUUAACACCACAAAAUGUCAUGGGACAAUUAAAAUAUCGAUAUGAUCGUGAAAUUGAUCGUUCUGAAAGAUCACCUAUAAGAAAAAUUAUGGAAAAAGAUGAUGUAUCAACAAGAAGAAUGGUACUAUGUGUAUCACGUAUUAUUACAACAUCAAGAGUAUCAGAUAGUAAUAGACCAAUAUCUGAAUUAGAAUUAACUGAUGGCUGGUAUUCAAUUAUUGCAACAAUUGAUAGUUCACUUAAUUAUUAUGUUAAUAUUAAUAGAAUAAAAAUUGGAACAAAAUUAAUGAUAUAUGGUGGUCAAUUACUAAAUUUAGAUGAUGGUACAUAUCCACUUGAUGCAUCAAAUAAUGUUAGAUUAAAAAUAUCAGCAAAUUCAACACGUCGUGCUAAAUGGUAUACAAAAUUAGGCUAUCAAUUACAAAAAGGACCAAUGACAUUAAAUUUAAAAGAUAUAAAAUCAAAUGGUGGAUUAAUUGGUAAAAUUAUUGUAACAAUUGCACGUGUAUAUCCAUUAUUAUAUAGAGAAAAACUUAAAAAUGGUGAAACAAUAUAUAGAAAUUCAAGAUGUGAAGAAAAAGCAGUUGCUCAAUUUGAAAAAGAAUGUCAAACAAAAAUUGAUACAAUGUGUUUAGCUUAUCAAUUAAAAAAAUCAAAUAAUAAUAAUAAUAGUAAUAAUAAUUUAGAUAAUAAUAGUAAAAUUGAACCAAGAAAUGUUUCACCUUGUUUAAAAUUAUUAAUAACAGAUGGUUUUGCAUAUGGUAUUAUGACAAUAUGGUCAAGUGCUGAAGAAUGUAGUGAAAUAUUAAAAGAAACAAGUUGUAUUGAAAUUAUAAAUUCAAAUGCAAGUGGUAUGCAUUCAAAAGAAUUACAGCUAACAUCAAAUAGAUGGACGACUAUUCAUGAAUAUGAUAAAAAUAAUAAAUAUUAUAAAAAUAUAAAUUUUUCAAUACGUUGUUUUACACCAAUAACUGAAAUAUCAUCAAUUAAUUUUUCACCAGCAUAUAAUGAAUUUGAUACAAUUGGUAUUGUUGUAUCAAUUGGUCCAGCACCACAUGGAAUGAAAAAUUUUGAAACAAUGAAUAUUGCAUAUAAAAAUAAUGAUAAUAUUGAUUCUUAUUUAUCAAUAUUAUUUUGGCAAGGUAUAUCUGCAUAUGGUUAUUCGGAAAUAUCAAAUAUUGGCUCAUUUUUAUUAAUUAAAAAUUUACAAUGGCGUAGAAAUACAAAUCGUAGUACAAUACCAGUUGCAUUUUGUACUGAACGUACUGUUAUUAGUAAAAAUUCACGUCAAAUUAAUCAUUUACGUGAUGAAUUUGAUGCAUUUAUUAAAAGAAUUAAUGAUACACAAGAAUAUAUUAUAAAUUCAGCUGAUAAAAUACGUAUUGAAAUUGCUAAAAAAACACCUGGUACAACACCAAUUUAUUGUCCAACACCAACAUUUUCAAUAAAUAAAAUUCGUGAUACACCAGAAGAUGAUGCUAAAAAAAAAUCAAUCAAAAAUAGAAUUGAUAAACUUAAAAAUUAUGGUCCAGCACCAUCAUUAUCACCAAUAAAUAUUACAAAAAGUUCAAGAGUAUCAUUGGAUUUUCGUUCACCAAUUAUUGAAAAUAAAAAAUUCAACAAGCCAUAAAUAUAAACUGUGAUCAAUUAUAUUAUUAAAAUAAAUUAAUUUGUAUUAUUUUCUUGUUAGAAAAAAUUUUGAUUAAGAUCAUUAAUUAUAAAAGAGAAAAUAUAUAUUUUUUUUUUUUUUUUUAAACUAAAUAUAUUGUUAUUGAUAAAUUUAA